UCCCAGGGCCUCAGGCGUGGCUCUCAGGAUCUCAGGCCCCAAAGGCGGUGUAUGGAUUGGGGAGACCCAGCGCUGGGGAUUCCCCAUCUCCGCAGGGUUUCUCUUCUCCCUCUCCCAACCUGUGUCGGGUCCUUCUUCCUGGAUACUCACCGGGCUGCCCCAGUUCUCACUCCCAUUGAGUGUGGGGUUUCUAGAGAAGCCAAUCAAUGUAGCCGCGGUCCCGGUUCUAAAGUUCCCACGCACCCACCGGGACUCCGAUUCUCCCCAGUCGCCGAGGAUGGUGUCAUGGCGCCCCGAACCCUGCUUCUGCUGCUCUCAGGGGCCCUGGUCCUGACCCUGACCUGGGCAGGCUUCCACUCCUUGAGGUAUUUCCACACCACCAUGUCCCGGCCCGGCCGCGCGGAUCCCCGCUUCCUCUCCGUGCGCGACGUGGACGACACGCAGUGCGUGCGGCUCGACAGCGACGCCACGAGUCCCAGGAUGGAGCCGCGGGCGCCGUGGAUGGAGCAGGAGGGGCCGGAAUAUUGGGAAGAGGAGACAGGGACCGCCAAGGCCAAAGCACAGUUUUACCGAGUGAACCUGCGGACCCUGAGCGGCUACUACAACCAGAGUGAGGCCUAUCCCCUAAAGGCACAGGUAACCCACCACCCCAUCUCCAACCAUGAGGCCAUGCUGAGGUGCUGGGCCCUGGGCUUCUACCCUCUGGAGAUCACACUGACCCAGGAGUGGGAUGGGGAGGACCAAAUUCAGGAUGCAGAGUUUGUGGAGACCAGACUUGCACGGUACAGAACCUUCCAGAAGUGGGCAGCUGCAGUGGUGUCUUCUGGAGAGAAGCAGAGGUACACAUGCCAUGUGCAGCACGAGGGGUUGCCUGAGCCCCUCACACUAAGAGGGGAGCUGUCUUCCCAGCCCAUCAUCCCCGUUGUGGGCAUCAUUGCUAGUCUGGUUCUUCUAGUUGCUGUAUUCACUGUAGCUGUGGUCGCUGCUGUGAUGUGGAGGAAUAAGAUCCCAGAUGGAAAAGGAGGCAGCUAUGCUCAGGCUUCAUGUAAGAACAGUACCUGGGGCUCUGAUGUGUCUCUCAAGGCUUGUAAAAGUGACACCUUAGAGGGUCUGAAGUGA